GCGCGGGUGAUGGCAGCUAUACAACGGGGAAAAAACAAGCGACCACCGUCCCGAGACAAAACAGACCGGUUCCUUCCUUCUUUCUGCGACGGUGUAGUGUCCGACGGUAACACCGGAACGGCGCGGCUCGUGGAAAAUAGUUCGGCAAACACAAGUAACAAUCGGCGGAAACGGUACAGAAGAAAAGAAUAAAGUAAAACCGACGACCAGAAAAGCUCACAGACCCAAGGGUGCUCGUGCGUUCAGUUGGGCUGCUGCUGUGGAAAAACAUAGGAAAAAACAUAGGCGAAAACAGGAGGUGCUACCUAAAAAAACGGGAAAACGUCCAGCAACGAUAGGUAACAAGUAGGCGCAGAGUCAGGCACCAAUUGAAGUAAGCAGUGUGGCACUGGUGAAAGGAAAAUGUAAACAGUAGGCCCGUACCCGUCCUAAAAAUCAGGUGCAGACUGUCCGGAAUCUGCAAUUUUCCCUGCUGCCAAGAGGGCCAACUUCUUCCAGAUCGGAAAAGGGUGCUCCUUGUCUUCGCGAGUGCUACUGCAGUCGUCCUCAGCGCUGCAGCUGUGUGUGUGCGUGUUUUCUUCGCCUGCUGCGCUGUUUGCAGUAUUGUUGUUUUCGUACGUGGUGCGUGCGCCCGUGUGCGUGUAUGUGGAGAUAGUGUGCAAUAGUGUGUGCUGUGUCAAGUGCGUCAACCUGUGUGCAAAGCAGGAAGCAAAGUGCAUUCGAUUUCCUAGGCUGCACAGAUCUCCUGCCCCAUCCCCCCGCACGGGUGUGUGUUUUUUUUGGUGCAUUGUUUUCUUGUUCCUCUCGCGAUAGUUUACUUCCUGGUCGCGCUAAUCACUCCAUCCCGUCUAUGCCAGUGAAGGCCACAACGGGGUUUUGCCGAAAAAGGGAAGAUAAAGAAAACGGGGUGUCAUCAUCAUCAGUGUGUGUGUAUGUGUGAGUGUCUGUUUGUAGUGGAAUUGUUAUUACUUCCCCGAGCGCGUUCGUCUGCUUCGAUGGUGGUCUGCACAGUUUGACGUAGAGCAACGUUUCGGAAGGAUACCAAGCAUUCCUUAGACACACAGAGUCAUCAAAACAUCAACGCUCGGAGGUGUCCUUUGGUACGCGCCAGCUGCUGAUUGAGGACGUAUUUGGUGCUCCAGCCCACCACCACCACCGUUGGGAAAAAGAACAUCUAAUAAGUCGCGGCAAUAAGUGUGACGGUUUGUCUCUGUGUGUGUCUGUGUGUGUGCGAGCGGGAGCAAAGACGACGCCAACGACGACGCGCCCACCAACGACACCGGCACCGACGCCGGGGCAGCAUCCGACGCCCCCGCCGGGUAUGGAAGGAUGGACAACGAACAGCCACACCAGGAGCUGGUAAAGUGUGUCCUCGUGGGAGACACGGCCGUCGGCAAGACGCGGCUGAUCUGUGCCCGGGCCUGCAACAAGCACGUCUCGCUGUCCCAGCUGCUCAACACGCAUGUGCCAACCGUCUGGGCCAUUGACCAGUACCGGAUCUACAAGGAUGUGCUCGAACGAUCGUGGGAAAUUGUGGACGGUGUCAAUGUGUCCCUACGCCUCUGGGACACGUUCGGCGAUCACGACAAAGAUCGACGGUUUGCGUACGGCAGAUCGGAUGUCGUGCUGCUGUGCUUCUCGAUAGCGAACCCUGUCUCGCUGCGCAACUGUCGCGCGAUGUGGUACCCGGAGAUACGGAAGUUCUGCCCGGACACGCCCGUCAUACUGGUCGGGUGCAAGAACGAUCUGCGCUACAUGUACCGCGACGAAACGUAUCUGUCCUACUUCGGCGAGCGGAGCCCGUUCGUGCGGGCGGCGCGCAAAUCCGACCUAGUGAUGCCGGACGAGGCGCGCGCCGUUGCGAAGGAGCUGGGCGUCGCCUACUACGAGACGAGCGUGUUCACGUACUUCGGCGUGAACGAGGUGUUUGAGAACGCGAUCCGGGCGGCACUGAUUGCGCGCCGCGAGCAUCGCUUCUGGAUGACCAACCUGAAGCGUGUGCAGAGGCCGCUGCUACAGGCCCCAUUCCGACCGCCGAAACCUCCACCGCCGGAAGUGACCGUCAUUACCGGCACGCAUACGAAGGACAUGCUUAACAUGUUCAAUUCCCAGUGCUAUACAGAUCUAGUAUUAAUUGUCGGUACUAUCCGUUUUUCCGUACAUAGAUUUAUGUUAGCUAGUAGUUCGAAUGCAUUUCAUAGGCUAUUAAUGAUGGACAUCAGUGACAUUGGUGCGCGAAGCAGCAGCGAAUCUAGCAUGGUAAGCUCCACGUUUGGCGAAUCGACGACGGCCGAUUUUAACGAGGACACGGAGUGUCUAAUACGCCUCGAGCAGAACAAGGUGGCUCCCAACCGCAUGUGGGAGCAACUCAAGCGACGAUCCAGCUAUCAGGCAUUGCCAACGGUGGAACCGAAGAAAGAUCUCUAUCGGGAGCUGCAUCAUCCCGUGUUUCAAAGUAUUAGAGUAUUCCAGAUUGAUAGUGGACGACAUAGCUACACGCAAACGCAGACGGUCGUGCAGAUCAGCAAGGUGAUCACACCGCAGGCGAUGCAGCAGUGCCUGAAGUUCAUCUACACCGGCACGAUCGAUCGCGACUGUUUGGAUUUGCAGACUGCGUCGAUAGGAUUGAUACUGGAAAUUCGACAGGCGGCCGAGUUUUUGGAGCUACCGCAGCUAAUGGUGCUUCUGUCCAACACGCAGGCAAAUCAGAGCUUCAUGAACGAUGAAACGAUUCAACACUAUUCCACGUGUAUGAAGCAAAACUUGGAGAAAUAUUGUGUUCAGAACGGUAUUUUUGGCGAUAUCACGUUCGAGCUGGACGAUGGCCACAUGAAGGCGCAUCGGGCCAUGCUGGUGGCGCGCUGUGAUGUGAUGAAGGCGAUGCUGAACGGCGACUUCCGCGAGGCUCACGCCAACUUGAUCGUACUUCCCGGUGUGACCGAGUACACCUUCCACAAGCUGCUGAGCUAUCUGUACACCGACGAAAUACCGCCCAUCUCGGCGGACAAGUGUCUGAACCUGCUCGAGCUGGCCAACCGGCUGUGUUUGCCCCGGCUGCUAAAUUUGGUCGAGUGUCGGGUGAUCGAGGAUCUGCUCCGCAUGUCCCAGAACGAAACGAGCGAAGCGGUCGAACACUGUCUUCGGCUGCUGGAACCGGUGAAGCUACACAAUGCACACCAGCUCGCGGAAUGGUGCAUGUCGUACCUGUGCGUCAACUACAACAGCAUCUGCCGGCUGUCGCCGCGCAGCCUGAAGGGGCUCCACCCGGACAAUCAGGACUAUCUGCGGGAGCACCGCUGGCCGCCGGUCUGGUAUCUGAAGGACUACGACUACUACCAGCGCUGCAUGAACGAGCUGAGCCGGGAGCUGAACAGCGGCAAAAAAGACUGUACCGCAGACGAUAAGGGGUGUCUGUGCUUUUCCGGAGUGUUUUUCUGGCUACUAGGAAAAUCGAAACGCUCGGCAGCGACGGCCAAAUCGGCCAUCCAGGCCGGCACAGGCAAGGGUACGGCCGGUGCAGCCGACCAGCAGGACGCGGUCAGUACCAGCCUCUUCCAGUCGAACGCCAACUCGGUCAACCAGCUCGAUCCGGAACACGAUGCCGGUGACCUUUGACAUCCAGCCGACGGCCCGUGGAGAUCGCUCCGCUUCAUCGUCAUCCUGCCGGUGCUCAUCUGCUUCAUCUGCACGAUCCUCAGCAUCCUGAUCAUCUUCCAGAUCUACACAUAAUAUUUGCUGCAGCGGUAGCCACCGCUGGAUGGCUAUUGAGCGUUUCGUCCGUACCAUCGAUUCCUCCCUGUGCAAGCAGCAGCAGCAGCAGCUGCUGUUGAAACCAACGCAUCACAACGCAUCCUUCACCUUGGCAAACGGAAAUCAUCAUCAUUAAACACACGGGUCCCGUCGGCGCACAGUCCGGUGAGCAGAAUUCAGCAGUAGUAAAGGUUAAGUUAUCCCCUUCGUUCACAGUGCAGUUGUAGUAGUAGCAGUGGACACCCCACUCCAUACACCACCUCAGGAGAAUGCAGUUUAAGCGACGUAAAUUAGGACGCAAAGGUGUAUCUAUUUAUCAAACUUGUGCUAAGCAUUGUGACCUUACGGGGAGGACGCUUUAAUAAUACCACAGAAUGGUGCGGCAACAAAAUCACACACACAAACAGCAUUAUAUGAAACGAGGUGCUUUGCCGCACGUUCUCCUUCAAAAAACAAAACAAAAAAGCUAGUAGAAAAUAUAUUAUUUUCUUAUUCCCUUUUUCCUCUCAACUUUUGCCUCCUGUUUGGCAUGCUAUGUGCUGGCAGUUUGUGCAUUCCACGGAUGGCAUUACAACGCGAGUUAGGGGUUUGCUUUUUAAAUGUGUAAUUAUUGGCAAACGAAGGAAGGCAGAAGUCAAUCGAACAAAAACCACAUAUUAAUGGACGCGUUAUGGAUUUCUAGACAAAGGAACAAUUACGUUUGCUUGUCCUAAUGACGUAUUUAUUACGAAUCAAAAGCAACAAAGAGCAACGGAAGCGAAAGCUCUAGCCAAAAUUAAUCACAUCACACGUGUACGUUGUGUUGCUUUUGAGGUGCAAUGUUUUUUUUUUUAUUCAAACGCAAAAGCAGUAAUAUCGUUUGCAUGUAGGAUACGCGUAAUGUUAGGUUAGUUAAACAAUAAAAACAUCAGCAAAAUGAAACUAUCGCUAAAUAAUGUGUGAAAAGCAUUUUCUUUUACACGCGACCUACCCCCGAUGAUGCUAUAUCGGUACGAGAGUAAGAGACUUCUUCAAUAAAAGUCAACGUCGUUUGGUCAACUAGAA